AUGUUGCCUCCCAGCGCUGCCGCUGUCCCUCCGCUCACACAAGCUCCUUUUUAUUCCAUUCCGGGGGUUGUUCCCACGUCCCCGUAUUACAAUCAGUCUCAUCCUUAUUUGCAACAGCAACAGCAGCAGCAGCAACAACAACAACAACAACAACAUCACAGCAAGCAACAACAGUACUCGCGGCAGGGCCCAGGCGUGGGGUAUGCUAACGCCGGGCGUUCAGGAUUUUCCACGUACACCCCUAAUGCCUUUAAUGUGGGCUAUUCUGUGCCUCAGCAACCGCACUCCCGAGAGAGCCAUCGUGGAGGCCGUGGUCGCAUGGGAACGAGGGGAGGAUACAACGUCGAGAAUGAUGCCCGCGAGUCCUACUUUGAGGUACAUUUAAAGAGCUUCGCCGAGAUGGAAGAGGCAAGCCGCAAGGGCUGCCUACGUGAAUCUCUGCAUCCAACGGUGAUUGGAAGAAUGAAGCGUCGUGCCUCACCUGGAGUGCUAAAGAUUCUUGUGAUUGUGGACCACCAGUAUCUUGCGGCAUGCAUGUCGGUGCCGCCAUCUGACGAUGAUGUUGUCUUGUCGAAGGAAGUCGCGAUGCAGUUCCUAGACUUACAACACGUGUACUGUGACGAUGGAAUUAGAUUAGUGGACAUGGAGGAUGGCACUCACGUUGCCAAACACGUGUACUCGACUCUUCGAAUUGCCCUGCAACAACUGGCCUCAUACAACAAGACCGACUUUAGGACUGACGUUGCUGCAGAUUUUUCAUCUCCUACUGGAACACUUUUGUUGAAGGACAUUCUUGUCCAUCGUGACGUAUCUACACUGCUUUCUGAGGUCCUGGAAGGAGACGAUGAGGCUGCAGAUAAUUUGUGGAUGCGGCUUCUUUUUGAGCCCUCCUCCCCUACAGCUAACGAUGGCGCGGAUGGCACAUUGCAUAAACCGUCGCCCACUGGAAAGACGAACGCUCCCCCGUUUCUUCCUUCGUGCGGGGUGGGAAUUCUUGCCACAGUGCAAGGGACGUGGUUGUUUAGAAAGGCAAUGAUGCACCCUAAACGGCGAGAGGCUUUGUUCCGUGUGUUGCAGGACGCUGCUAUACCACCGCCUCAGGAGGAAUCUGAGGCGUCGCCGUCAACGCUUAUGCCUGAGCAUCUCUUUUUGGCACUCUUCUCAUGCCCUCUGGCAUCACGAUUUGUUUUUGAGUCCUUUGGCUUGGUGGAAGGGGUAAAUCGCUGCGAGGCGGAGGUAACUGUUUUGUGUGCCGCCCUAGAGCGACUUGCGCUGAAGGUUGUGUGCAGCAACGGCGGGAGUUUUUUAAUGACGGCGUUGGUGAAGGCACUCUGCCCAAGUCGCUUCAGUGGCGGGCAGAAGACGGGUGGAAAACGGGGGCGCGAUAACGAUGUUCAUUCCAAACAGCAACGCGACGCCAGUGGCGGCCGCUACGAUGAGGAUAGUUGUGAAAAUAGCAACAUUGGCGGCGGGAAGGCUGCCAGGACGAAUGGGAUUGAUGGGCAAACUCAGCCCACCCAAGUGGAAGUAAGCGAGCUUCAUGUGUCGGAAAUGUGGUCUGCGUGGCGGCUGUUUUGCGCGGUAGCUCGAGCCUUCGUUUCGGGCUCCAUCCCGGGCGACACGAAGGAAACGGAGGCAACGUUGAGCCGUCGUGUCAAGUUGCUUACGCAGCACGUCGUUGCUUGCCGGGCUAUACAGAGUUUUAUUCCUUUCUUUGCUGAUGCCGUUGUUCAGGGGGAAAUUGACCCCCAACAGCGGCAGGAAAAUGCCCUCAACGCGGACCCUGAGUCGACACAGUUCUACGAUGACUGUGCGAAAAUUCUUUCUGAAAUUGCAAAUCAAAGUGGGCUUUUGGCGAAUCAUAGUUACGGUAAUUACGUGUUACAGACCGUUGUGUCAGAGCUGGCGCAGCGCACUGUUGCCGGGUCCCCAGUUCAGUCGAUGCUACACAAGGUUUUCGAUGCGUUAAUUGGUAGUAUCUUUGAGGUCAGUAUGCAGAAGUUUGCAUCUAACUGCGUUGAGACUGCCAUCGCGGCGUGUCACAAGCUCCCGGACGGCAGCACCCUCAUACUGCGCUUCGCCACUGCACUGCUCUCGGGAGGGCCAAACCGCAUGGAACAGGUGGCGAUGCACCAAUACGGUAACUACGUUGUGCGCCGCAUACUGGACUCUCUCACCGCUAUCGCCACCGGUGCUUCUGAUACCGCCACCCCGGCGGAAGUGGUGGAGGCGUGUGGGGUAGAGCAACAGUACUUUAACAACCUUAACGCCCAGUCUCAUCGACUCCGUCAGACGUCGUACGGCUCUGGCCUGCAGGCGUGGGUGGAGAAUCAGCGCGAGAGGCUGCAGGGCGUGGCAGCGGUAAGAGGGGGAUCCAACGCGCAGGUGACUGAGUGA